AUGGCGAAUAGCAAGGAGUUCGAUUUAGGUGAGCCAUUGACCUACGAUCCAAAGUUUUCGAGACCCCGAGAACGGAAUCGAAGUUGCACAGAUGUGCCAUGCCUGCUGCUUUUCGUUCUCUUUCUGGGCGGAUGGGUAUUCAUUGCCCAGUUCGCUUACAGAAAUGGCAAUCUCAGCAGGCUCGUGGCGCCCAUAGACUCCUUUAACCGGGAGUGCGGAGUGGAUCCUGGGGUGGAGAGCAAGAGGAACUUAUUCUAUUUCGACAUGACCAAGUGCCUAGAUCCGCUAAAAACUCUUGAGGGCUGCCAGACACCGAGGGUGUGCUUGGAGUCCUGCCCCACCCAAAUUUUCAUUUAUAACAACAUGAAGGACUUACCUUUUAAGGAGCUACACAGUAGGCUUAUCUGUCGGAGGGAGGAGCACAAGGCCCAGAUUCGCACCAAAGAGCACAUUAAACAGGCCAUUGAGCAGAAUCUUUGUGCGAGCUGGUACCCCAACAGUGUUCCCCUUCACAACCGAUGCAUCCCUAACUGGUCCAACAAUGCUUGUGACUCUAUUUCAACCCCGACUUCAGGAAAGGGUGGUAAAGAGUUAGAGACCCUUAUCAAGGAGUAUUGCCAACUCGGAUUCACGAACAAAUUAAAAGAUAAGAUGAUGCAAAUCGACACGGAGCCGAGCAAUCUGGUAUGCAACACGUUAACCCCUUUCCUCAAUGGCAAUCAAGCCGCGCGGAGAGUGUGCAAGGAUAUUGUCCAGGAUGUGGUCCAUUCUUGGAUGCCUGUUCUGCUGGCGAGCUGCUGUGCGCUGAUCGCCUCACUCUUCUAUAUCGCCCUGAUGCGCUGGUUCUCCGGCCAGAUCGUGUGGUUCUCCAUCUUCGGCCUGCUUAUCGGCUUCGGGAUGGCCUUCACCCACUGCAUUUUACAGUAUGUCUACUGGAAAAGGAAAGGUAAGGCGAGAUCAACGGACUUCGGCAUUGAAAGUGUUGUUAAACGCAUUUCGCGGGACGAAUACACCUGGCUGACCCUCUCCAUCUUCUUUGGCGUGUGCUUCGUGGUCAUCCUGCUUAUUGUGAUUGUCAUGUGGAAACGCAUUCGGAUAGCGAUUGCCCUGAUUAGAGAGAGCAGCAGGGCGGUAAGCAGUGCGAUGAGCACCCUGUUCUUCCCCAUCUUCUCUUGGACUCUUUUCGUAGCCGCAGUGGCGUUCUCCAUUUAUGUGGGCCUGCAACUGAUUUCCAUUAAGGAACGUUCCUUUAGGAUGGUGCACGAGGCGGGGGAAAGUAAAGAAGCCUGCGUUUGCCCAGCGCUCGGCUACAAAUUGGGUGAAUCCUGCAAUCCGGAAGUCUUUCAUCAGCAUUGUAUCAUUCGGCAGAGCGGAGGUGACCAGCAAUCACCAGUGCCGUGCUCGCUUACCGCAUGCAGCUUCGACGACUUUGUACUUUCGCCUUGGAUUAAGGGUGCCAUUUUCUACAACUUCUUCGGUUUCCUCUGGCUGAGCUUCUUCAUCUCCGCCUUCAGCUACAUGGUGCUAGCUUCCACCUUCGCCCGCUGGUAUUGGACGCUAAAGAAGCGGGACGUGCCUUUCUUCACCCUCUCCAAAGCUUUCUGCCAAACUGCUUUCUAUCACCUGGGAACCGCGGCUUUCGGUUCGUUCAUCCAGGCUGUCGUUCGCAUGGGCUGUUUGGUUCUGGAGUACAUCCAAAGAAAGCUAAAGGCGCACGACAACCGCGUGACAAGGGCCUUCGUUUGGAUAAUGCGUUGCUUCUUCUGGCUUCUGGACGCAUUCCUGAAGUUCGCCACUCGUAAAGCCUACAUUAUGUGCGCCAUCCACGGCAAAAACUUCUGCACCAGUGCCAAGGAUUCUUUCAAGCUUGUUUCGAGAAACUCUCUGCGCGUGGUAACGCUUGGCUUUGCCAUGGACUUCGUGUUCUUUGUUUCUAAGGUGUUGCUUUCCGCUGGGGCGAGUGUGUCCACCUACUUUUUCCUGUCCAGUUAUCCGGAAAUUUUUAAAAUCCACAACAGCCUGGUGCCAGCCGUAUUGGUAGCGAUAUUCACAUUCCUUAUAGCCCACGUGUUCUUCGGCGUCUACUCGACGGCCGUGGAUACGCUGUUUCUGUGCUUCCUGGAGGACUGCGAGCGAAACGAUGGCUCGCGCGAAAAGCCAUAUUUCAUGUCCAAGCGACUAAAGAAGAUUUUGCGCAGGAAGAACCAUUAG